AUGGAGGAGGGACGCAUCCCCGACCAUGCCAUUACAGCGAGCUCUUCGUACGAGGCGAAAUCUGUCGGCCCACAAAACGCCAGUUCGAUGCCAGAGUCUGCGUUAAACUUCAGUUUCGUCGGCUGUUUGAUUUUUCAAGUUUUGAUGUACUGUGGUCACGCGCACGAGUACAUAAUGCUGGACGGCCUAAAAAUUAACAUCUUGGUGCAGCUGCGCAUGCACUUUCAAUACUUAAGAUUAAAUGUCGAGGACAUUUUGGCAUACCAUCCUUCAGAACUAGAAAGGGGCGAGGCAUGGAAUGUCUUCCAGAAACGGCUGAAGGAGUUAGUCACGUACCAUUGCUCGCUAACAACGCUCGUGGAGAUGGUGGAAGAUGUAUUUAACAAAUGCGUUCUUUUUAGUUUCCUCACCUUGUCAGUCUUCUCGUGCUUUUCCCUGUAUAGCAUGUCAAGCAUCGCCUUAUUUGGACUGCAAUUUUGGAAAUUUGCCGGAUUUAUCCUUUUUCCCUGCAUACUGUUCUUUGUAGACUGCUACUUUUCCGAAGAAGUACUGACAGAAAGCGCCGAGUUGUCUAAUUCGUGUUACAACGUUGAGUUUAACGGCGCCGAUGUAAGAUUCCAGAAGGCCUUGCUGAUGCUCAUGCGAAGAAGUCAGAAGAGACUGAUGUUUACGAUUGGACAAUUUGCUCCACUUUCGAUUUUAACAACCGUCACCAUUAUGAAGGCUGCUGUUUCGUACUUUAUGUUGUUGCGGAAUAUGAAAAACCAUUAA